GCACCGAAGGAGAGCGGGCGCCAGUGCUUCUCUCUCCCCCCUCCUGCUCUCCUUGUCUCCGUUGCAAGCGCAAGGCAAGAAGUAGGCUCUCCCACACUCGCCAAAAAGGACUCAUGUUUUGUUUACGCGUACUGGUGUUGGUUUUUGGCUAUAUUGGCCACCGCCUGUGCUGUGUGUGCCAACAUCUUCCCUGUCUUCCAGAAGGAGAACGAGCUUGUGACGACGAAGCAGACGCUAUGGUACAAUGAGGUGAUCUUGCCCGAUGGCAAUGAGACCGAGCAGAAGGUGAGUAAGAGCUUGUGCGGGCAGUACAAGCUGUUUUUCCAGGUCUCCGAGGGCACCGCUGUGGGUGCAGCUGGUGUUGGCCUUAUCGUUGUGGGCAUUGCCGUGACUCAACUGUUUCUUCACGAGAGAAUAUGUUGUUUUAUUUACGGCGUGUCGCUCUUGAUUGACCUUGCGUUUGCGGCGUCUGGGGUGUGUGUGGCCCUUCUUGUGUAUGGAUAUAUGAAGGGCUACUGCCAGGAUGACACUGCGCUGUCACCCCUGUACGCUCCCUUCAAGGACCAGGACUACAAAUUCGCGGAGUCCUUCUACCUCAUCUGCGUCGCCUGUGCUCUCUUUCUCAUCUCUGGUUUCUUCCAUUGCUGCGCCUAG